ACGACAAAGCUCGCGCGUAAUUUCCGGUUAAAACAUCAUGGCGGCGCCCACACAAAUGUCACACUACUGCUGGUUCUGAAAACAGAAACUCUUGUCUUGGUUUUCUGCUCUUUGGACAACAGGAUAGACGUGGGCGACUUAUUUCUACAGUGUCGACAGGGUGAACCAGAGAACGCGAUGGUCCAUUUAUCCUCACUGCUCCUGAAGACUUACCAUGGCGGCUACGUUGUCAUCAGGCUUGCUCUGGCUGGUCACAAACAAGCCAACAGGCCUUUUUACCGCAUAGUAGCAGCUCACAAUAAAAGGGCAAGAGAUGGAAAAUACAUCGAGCAGCUGGGCACCUACGACCCCCUCCCCAACGUCUACAAUGAGAAACUCGUCAGCUUCAACUUCGACCGCCUGAAGUACUGGAUCGGUUGUGGCGCUCACCCUACAAAGCCCGUGGCCAAACUUCUAGGUCUAGCAGGAUUUUUUCCACUGCAUCCCAUGACAAUAACAGAAGCAGAGCGUCAGAAAGCCCAGACACAAGUGACACAAACAGAGGAAGGUUCAGAGCAGGAACAGAAGAAGGCAGAAGCAGUUUGAGACGGUGUGGAACAACCGUUCACAGCAGCUUCAGAAAAGAAACGCUCAAUUCAACGACAACAUUUGUCCAGUCAUCGCCGACGCCCUGUAAAUCCUAUCGUUUUUCUUUUUUCUUUUUUUUUACUAAAUAUUCCAUGUAAUUGAAUAAACUUAGUUCAACUGCU